AUGCGGCAGUUCGGCUACACUCAAACCAUUCCCAGACACCAUGUUGUCUCUGCUCCUCCUGCCUUGACAUAUAGGCAGAUAAAUGACAUGUUUGCUGAUUUUGAGAGUCAUCUAGUAUCGGAGGAGACACGGAGUAUCAUAGCUGUGAACAAUUGGAGCUACGUCGAAUGGUAUACCAAAUGGUUCUUCAGGUUGUCACAUUCGUACAUGGUGCAUGCUGCUCCAGGAGACCCAACUAGACCAACUCAUCAGGAGAUACUAGAGAAGGAGCAAACACAAUUAGAUCAUGCUAAGGAUGUUUUGCCUAGACGUCGUCGCAUUAUGGAGAUUUUGCAGGCAGACAUUUACAAAGAUAUCUUUCUUGAUGAGUCUGAUGUGAGAUAG